AUGCUCGACGACAGUAUUGGCCCUGCCGAUACACUCCCCAUUAGAAUUCCGCAUGCCCCCGCCAAAACAACCCCUUCAUCGCCUGAGGGCAAAGCCCAUACAUUAGAGAAAGUGGGAAGCAGCAAACUCACGGUACAGAGAUCCGGCCAAGUAGCCACAGAGGACGAAAUCCGCGACUUUUUGCACGUUGUUGACAACAUCCCCGCUCUUGUGUGGCUUGCUACGCUGGUCGGAGUGGCGGAAAGAUUUACCUGGUAUGGCAAUACAGGGCCGCUGCAGAACUAUCUCCAGCAUGCCCCUGACAGCGCCAUCCGCGGUGCUCUCGGCCUUUCACAGGCGACCGCUUCCAACAUUGUUAGCGCUGUCAUCGCCGCCAGCUACUUUACCCCUGUCCCGGCUGCAGUGCUCGCGGAUAGCUGGCUCGGUCGCUACUGGACACUGGUCUUGUGCUACUCAAUCGUUCUUGCAGGUUCCCUCAUUCUGUUUGUUACCUCGCUACCGUCAAUGAUGGAGCGAGGCACCGCGGAGUGGGGAGUAUACACGGCCAUGGUUCUCCUGUCUCUUGGUUCAGGGGGAGUGAAGGCCGUUGUAUCGCCCUUCAUUGCGGAUCAAUAUGCGAAGAGGGACUCAACGAUCAAAGUGCUCAAAUCAGGAGAGCUCGCCGUCACUGACCGAGAAAUAACCAUCCAGUACAUAUACAAUGCCUACAACUGGCUUGUCAACAUCGGUGGUUUGUCAGCCCUGGCCAUAACACUAUUGGAGCGGUAUGUCUCUUUCUGGGCCGCCUACUUAGUACCCUUCUGCGGCAUCUGCCUUGGUGCUGUUCCUCUUUUCUUAUGGAGCAACAAGUUCGUGAGAGAGCCUCCCGUUGGGACCACAAUACCACAUGCUACACAGGCUAUGACCUAUGCCGUCAAAGGGGGAUUUCGCAUGGAUGCGGCGAAGCCGGAGUUUCAGCAACGAGAACGAGAGAAGACGGUGCCUUGGGAUAACCGCUUCAUUGACGAGCUCAAGAGUGGUCUCCAUACUUGCCGCAUUCUGCUCCUCUUUCCCAUUCACUGGCUUUGCCUCAAUCAAACCUUCAACAACCUGAUCUCCCAGGCUGGUACCAUGGUUGGCUCAGGCGUGCCAAAUGACACCAUCAAGUCCCUGGAUCCCAUCUCCAUCAUUAUCUUCACUCCUCUCGUCCAGAGGCUCUUGUACCCGUACCUCACCCGUCGCCGCAUUCGAUUCCAGCCUAUUGUCCGCAUUACGGUGGGCUUCGCCCUCCUUGCCGUCUCGAUGGCCGUCACAACCGGCGUACAGAAAGCCAUCUACUCGGCAGGUCCUUGUUACAACCAUCCCCUUGACUGCCCUGCCUCGAACGGUGGCCAAAUCCCAGAUCAAGUCAGCAUGUUCCUGCAAGCUCCCAUCUAUGUUCUUGGCGGCAUCGCCGAGAUCUUCUGCUACGUUACGGGGCUCGAGUACUCGUACAACCAGGCCCCCAGGAGCAUGCGGUCCAUCGUGCAGGCGUACUGGCUCUCCAUGGCCGGCUUUGGCUCGGUGCUGUCCAUUGCUCUCACGCCACUUGCAAAGGAUCCAGAUUUUGUGGUUAUGUAUGUCGUCUUGACCGGUCUGAUGGCGGCGACGACGGUCAUUUUUUGGGUAUUCUUCCGCCACAGCAACAACAAGGCUAUGGACAUGAUCUAA